AAAUCUUCCCUCCUGUGCUCAUUUCAGCUGUAGACUUCUACCUCUCAUGUUAGUCAGUGCAAAAAGCAUGACUGUGUGUGUGUGUGACUGGGAGACUUUGUUCCUGAAGUCUGUAUUCAGCACUGCAGCAGAAUAGAACUGCAGCGUAAGAUCCACCCAACGUGCUAGUCCUCCCUAUGUGGUGGCCCGUUCAGCACUAAGACGCGGACAGCUCCAGUACAGCUGAGGUGCGGUUAGGAGGAGAUGCAUACUUCACAUUCGGUGUAAUAUAUCAUAGAGGCACAUAAUCCAUCAAAUAAAGGUUUGUGCUUCCAGUUGUAGAGUAGUUAGUAAUUGGACACAAUGGAAGAUAACUACAGAGAUAGGACUUCACUAGCGAGAGGUGCAAAGGAUAUAGCUAAGGAAGCAAAGAGACACACCACCAAAGCCUCAAAGAGAGUAAGGGAAGUUGAACAUGAUGGAUAUGUUCACAGGACCCAAGACCAGUUCCAAGAUGAAGAGGAGUACUACACACGUGGCAACUACAAUGAAGAAGUUAACGAGGAUGAAGGGUCUAGUGAAGCCACAGAAGGACAUGAUGAAGAUGAUGAGGUCUAUGAUGGGGAAUAUCAAGGAAUACCCAGUCAAGGAAAAGAUGGCAUGAUUGCUGUAGGUCAACCAAUUUCUGAUGAGUACAAGGCUCGGCGUGAGCUAGAAAGCGAAAGGAAAGCUGAUGAAGAAGAGCUAGCACAGCAGUAUGAACUAAUUAUCCAAGAAUGUGGACAUGGCCGCUUUCAGUGGACUCUCUUCUUUGUGCUUGGCAUGGCUUUAAUGGCUGAUGGAGUUGAAGUGUUCGUGGUUGGAUUUGUGUUGCCAAGUGCAGAGACUGAUAUGUGCAUUCCUGAUUCAGGCUCUGGGUGGCUUGGCAGUUUUGUGUAUCUGGGAAUGAUGAUAGGAGCGUUCUUCUGGGGAGGACUAGCUGACAAAGUUGGGAGGAAGCAAUCUCUCCUGAUCUGCAUGUCUGUUAAUGGAUUUUUCGCCUUCCUUUCCUCAUUUGUCCAGGGAUAUGGACUAUUUCUAGUCUGUCGAUUACUUUCUGGAUUUGGGAUCGGGGGAGCACUUCCAACGGCAUUUUCUUAUUUUUCGGAAGUCCUUGCAAGAGAGAAACGAGGCGAGCACCUGAGCUGGUUGUGUAUGUUUUGGAUGAUCGGGGGAAUAUACGCUUCAGCGAUGGCUUGGGCCAUAAUUCCACAUUACGGAUGGAGCUUCAGCAUGGGAUCAGCCUAUCAAUUCCACAGCUGGAGAGUCUUUGUCAUUGUGUGCGCGCUGCCCUGUGUUUCUGCUGUUGUGGCUCUAACCUUUAUGCCAGAAAGUCCACGCUUUUUGUUAGAGAUUGGAAAACAUGAUGAAGCCUGGAUGAUCUUAAAACAAAUCCAUGACACAAAUAUGAGGGCUCGUGGACAACCAGAGAAAGUCUUCACAGUGCAAAGAAUCAAGACUCCAAAACAAAUAGAUGAGCUCAUUGAAAUUGAGACAGACACAGGGACGUGGUAUAAGAGAUCCUUUGUGAGGAUCCGCACAGAACUGUAUGGUAUAUGGUUAACGUUCAUGAGAUGCUUUGAUUACCCAGUGAAAGAGAACACAAUCAAACUGACAAUAGUGUGGCUCUCGCUGUCAUUCGGCUACUACGGUUUAUCGGUUUGGUUCUCUGAUGUCAUUAAACACCUCCAAGCAGAUGAAUAUGCCUUGAGAGCGAAAUAUUUUCAUGGAGAAAACAUUUCAAACUACAAUUUCAACUUUACUCUGGAAAAUCAGAUCCAUAGAAAUGGAGAGUUCAUCAAUGACAAGUUCACAGCAAUGAAGUUUAAGUCUGUAGUCUUUCAAGACUCCUUGUUUGUAAAUUGUUAUUUUGAGGAUGUCACAUCACUGAACACGUACUUUAGAAAUUGCACUUUCUUAAAUACAUAUUUUGUAAACACAGAUUUUGAAAACUACAAGUUCAUAGACACUGAUACCAAAAACUGCUCGUUUGACAAUCCAAAGGUGGGAUGUCAGAUCACCUUUGAUGAUGACUACAGUGCCUAUUGGAUCUAUUUUGUGAAUUUCCUGGGUACUCUGGCCGUCCUUCCAGGCAACAUUGUCUCAGCCCUUUUAAUGGACAAGAUUGGCAGGUUAACAAUGCUGGGAGGAUCCAUGGUCCUUUCCGGCAUCAGCUGCUUCCUCCUGUGGUUUGGUACCAGUGAGUCUAUGAUGGUCGGGAUGCUGUGUGUAUACAACGGUCUUACCAUUUCUGCUUGGAACUCUCUUGAUGUGGUCACCGUGGAGCUGUACCCGACAGACAAGAGGUCCACGGGUUUUGGCUAUUUGAAUGCACUGUGUAAAGCGGCAGCAGUACUUGGAAACUUGAUAUUUGGUUCACUUGUCGGAAUCACCAAAGCCAUACCUAUUCUUCUGGCCUCAGCUGUGCUUGUAUGUGGAGGUCUGGUGGGACUGCGACUGCCAGACACAAGAAACCAGGUGUUGAUGUAAACGGAAACAAAAGCCAUCACCAAUGUUUUUCUGUAUUCUUUUCUAACAGUCCACUGUAUAAAACAACUGGAUAAAAUACUCAGAAUUUAACUGACCCAAAACAUCAUGUUAUUAUAAUGUUCUUGUCUUUGUUGUGCAGUGUAGUUAGAACUAAAGUUGUCCAAUGUUUUUUUUUUUUUCAUUUAGCUUUUUCCAUAAGCUGUACUGUAUAUUGUUCAAUGUUCUUUAUUUGUUUUUUUUAUUUUUAUAUUUAUUUUUUAUCAAGGACCACCUCAGUGUUUCCAUAUUUAUAUGCACUCAGACUACAGGCACUUAUAGUGAGCAACUUAUAAGACUGGAUGGAUAUUAAAAGUCACCAAAGUUCA